GAGCAAGCGAGGCCAUUGCGGCCCUCGCAGUUAAGUGGCUUUCCCAGGAAUCCAGGUAUCCUGACCCCAGUCCUAACCCUCUUUUCUCCAGCACCAAAGCUCGAGCGCCACCAGCUUGAGUGAAGGUCAAAGCAAGCAAACUACUAAGCAGCCCGCCGGCUCUGAGGGUUCUCCUGUCCCAGGAAACAGGGAAUGAAAGGGCAUUUGUGAAUAUUUUAUUCCAAGGACUCAGUUCAGUCAAAAGAUGAUUUGGGAGGGUAGAGGUAAGGGAAAAAAAUACAAACAGGAUAAAAAGCGCAGUUUUUCAGAGACUUGUCAGGAGCUGAGAGUGGGGAAGAGGGGACUGGGGCGGGGGGCUUAAUAAAAAGCCAAGUUUGGAGUUGGAAAGGCGACCAUAACAGCACACAAGCAGUGGAGUAGAAAAGCGGGUUGGAUUUUUCUAGAGCGGUUUCAAAAGGGACCCCAGCGGAGCCCUGCAGAGGCGGGCUGGCGAAGGGCGGACACUCGGCUGCUCCCCAGGACCGCGUAGUACGGACUCCUCGCCUCACUGCUCGCCCCCCUCAGCGCUCCACGUCCUCCGGGUUCUCCCCACACUCUCCCUUCACCCCCUUCGAGCUCCUCGAGUCCGCCCAGGCUCCUCACUAGCCCACCUCGCCCGCCAGGCCCUCCAGUCGGCGUCCAAGGCAGGCUCCGCGCUCUGCGCCCUCCUGGCGCGCAGCCCCUGGCGGCGCGUCCUGCGAGGCCCGCCUCCGCGCGCCUCCCUCUCUCCCUCCCUCCCCUCCCCCUCCCGCCACCCCCACCCCAAUCCGUGAGCGAUCUGGCCCCGGGAGGCUGGGGAGCAGCUGGAGCGCGGCCGCCGCGGCAGCAACUCUGCACUGCCGGCCGGAGGCGCGGUCCCUAGGCCCGGAGCUCGGGGCAGGCCCCUGGGGAGUUGGCGCCGCUAGCCCGAAGCUGCGAGGUCCGCCCCUGCUCUUCUCCGAGGGCGCGGAGAGCCUUGCUGUUCAAAGAGGGGCCCAGAGACCAGCAGCAUUGGCACCACAUUAUUAGAAAUGCAAAAUCUGGGGCCUCACUCCAGACCUACUGCAUCAGAAUCUGCUUUUUAACAAUAUUCUCAGGACGUCCCUGGUGACCUUGGAAGAGUCCGUAUCAUGGAAUCGAUCUCUAUGAUGGGAAGCCCUAAGAGCCUUAGUGAAACUUUUUUGCCUAAUGGCAUAAAUGGUAUCAAAGAUGCAAGGAAGGUCACUGUAGGUGUAAUUGGAAGUGGGGAUUUUGCUAAAUCCCUGACCAUUCGACUUAUUAGAUGUGGCUAUCAUGUGGUCAUAGGAAGCAGAAAUCCUAAAUUUGCUUCCGAGUUUUUUCCUCAUGUAGUAGAUGUCACUCACCAUGAAGAUGCUCUAAUAAAAACAAAUAUAAUAUUUGUUGCUAUACAUAGAGAACAUUACACCUCCCUUUGGGACCUGAGACAUCUGCUUGUGGGUAAAAUCCUGAUUGAUGUGAGCAACAACAUGAGAAUAAACCAAUACCCAGAAUCCAAUGCGGAAUAUUUGGCUUCAUUGUUCCCAGACUCCUUGAUUGUGAAAGGAUUUAAUGUGGUCUCAGCUUGGGCACUUCAGUUAGGACCUAAGGAUGCCAGCCGGCAGGUUUACAUAUGCAGCAACAAUAUUCAGGCUCGACAACAGGUUAUUGAACUUGCCCGUCAGUUGAAUUUCAUUCCCGUUGACUUGGGAUCAUUAUCAUCAGCCAGGGAGAUUGAAAAUUUACCCCUGCGAUUAUUUACUCUCUGGAGAGGGCCAGUGGUGGUAGCCAUAAGCCUGGCCACAUUUUUCUUUCUUUAUUCCUUUGUCCGAGAUGUGAUACAUCCAUAUGCUAGAAACCAACAGAGUGACUUUUACAAGAUUCCUAUUGAGAUUGUGAAUAAAACCUUGCCCAUCGUUGCCAUUACUUUGCUGUCCCUGGUCUACCUGGCAGGUCUCCUGGCAGCUGCUUAUCAGCUUUAUUAUGGCACCAAGUAUAGGCGAUUUCCACCUUGGCUUGAGACCUGGUUACAGUGUAGAAAACAACUUGGGUUACUCAGCUUUUUCUUCGCAUCAGUCCAUGUUGCCUACAGCCUCUGCUUACCCAUGAGAAGGUCAGAGAGAUACCUCUUUCUCAAUAUGGCUUAUCAGCAGGUUCAUGCAAAUAUUGAAAACUCUUGGAACGAGGAAGAAGUUUGGAGAAUUGAAAUGUAUAUCUCCUUUGGCAUAAUGAGCCUUGGCUUACUUUCCCUCCUGGCAGUCACCUCCAUCCCUUCCGUGAGCAAUGCUUUAAAUUGGAGGGAAUUCAGUUUCAUUCAGUCUACACUUGGCUAUGUCGCUCUGCUCAUAAGUACUUUCCAUGUUUUAAUUUAUGGAUGGAAGCGAGCUUUUGAAGAAGAGUACUACAGGUUUUAUACACCACCAAACUUUGUUCUUGCUCUUGUUUUGCCCUCAAUUGUAAUUCUGGGUAAGAUCAUUCUACUCCUUCCAUGUAUAAGCCGAAAGCUAAAGAGAAUUAAAAAAGGCUGGGAAAAGAACCAAUUUCUAGAAGAAGGUUUUGGAGGAGCAGUUCCUCAUCUCUCACCAGAGAGGGUUACAGUUAUGUGAUGAUAAAUGGUGCUCCCUGAUGCCAUAUAAAGUUCUACCCAUGCCAUUAUUUUUAUGACUUCUUUCAUCUUCAGUUGCAAGUGCACCGUCAAAUUGCUGUUGGCUGAAACCUGGUCAGUGAGAUCUCAACUGAAUUAGUAGUAGAACUUUCUUGAAAUUUAUUUUCACAAAUGUCAUAUUUUGCCAAUAUGAGCUUUUAUGGUUAACUUGUUGAAAUGUAGGUAUGUUUUUUCUGUUUUGCACAACUGUAACACUUUUGGUGUCUUAAACUUUAUUCCAUAAUCAGGCAGAAAUAUUUAUAUAUAGUCACUAAAUAUAGAUACAACAUAAAAAAAAAAAAACCUUCAAACCAGCAGAACUUUAAAUUUUGGGGAGUUUUUCAUUUUCGUUUUUUUUCUUCUUUUGGCUUCCCCAUAGCAUAGGGAGUUCCCAGGCCAGGGAUCAGAUCUGAGCUGCAGUUGCGACCUAUGCUACAGCUGUAGCAACACCAGAUCCUUAACCCACUGGCCAGGUCAGGGAUUGAACCUGUGUUCCAGCGCUCUAGAGAUGCCACUGAUCCCAUUGCACCACAGUGGGAACUCCUGGAACUUUAAGUUUUAAUAUAAUUCGAUGGAUAUGUUUUUUUCUAAAGUUUAAGUAAGGUUUUUAAUUAUUUCCAGCUUAAGACAUAAAAAUGAAUAAUCAUACAUUAUUUUUAAGACAGACACAUUACAUUAGUAUCCAGAUAAGAGUGCAUGGCAACAUCCCUGUAUUUCUUUAUUUCUUUUGUAAGAUAACGUUUGAAGAAUAUAAUUAGUUGUAGGAACCAAUGUGAUUUCUUUUUUUUUUUUUUUUUAAGGGAUGCACCCACAACAUAUGAAAGUUCCCAGACCAGGGGUCAGAUCGGAGCUGCAGCUGCCAGCCUAUCAAGCCACAUCUGCAAUCUAUACCACAUCUCAUGGCAACGCUGGACCCUUGACACACUGAGCAAGGCCAGGGAUCGAACCUGCAUCCUCAUGGAUACUUAAUUGGGUUUGAAAUCUGAUGAGCCACAACAGGAACUCCCUGAACCAAUGUGAUUUCUGAACAAACACAAAUUAAAGAGACAAAUUGAACUUGAAAUUAUAUUUAAAAUGCAUUGGAGACAUGAAAUACACAUGAUGAUGCAUACCUCAUGAAAGAUUUGAUUCUUUACCUUGUUACAGAGAAGUUGUAUUUGCAUCUUAAUAUGCUGAUAAGGGAGAAGAUAGUAAUAUAUGGCCUCCAAAACUGAUUUUUUUAAUGUAGUACCAAUCCUGGGAAUCUUAAAAUUGUUUCUGGUUAGAGAGAAAGUGUUAAGUUUACACACAAGUAGUUGCUUAUGAACUGAUCUAUGCCGUUGCACCUUAGCCUGUCAUACUCUGUGUGGUAUAAGAUUUUAUUGCCAUUUAAUUGUGGGAUUUUUAACAUGCCAGGGAUUGUUCUAAGCUCUUUACAUGUAUUAUCCCAUUCAAUAUUUACAACAACCCCAUUGCAGAGGCAAUUCUUUUCCUCAUUUUCAUUUAAGAAAACUGAAGGAUAGAAAAGUGAAGUAAUAUGCUCAAGGUCAAACAGUUAGCGACAGAGCCCACAUUCAAGUCCAGGCACUUAUAUUUCAGAGGCCAUGGUUUCAACCACUAGGCUAUAUGACCCCUGCUCCAUCCACAUGCAUACCAGUCUAGAUGCUUCCUCUUUUGUGUAAAGACAUUGACAUUCUUCACAGUGUGUUGUGGGUAUCAAAAGAUAUAAAAAGAUACUACAAUCAUAAAUUUAUUAUUACUUGUGGGGUAAUCCACACUUACCCUAGGAGGGGAUCUUGCCUGAGAAAGGAGCUUGGAGAUCCAUGGCUGUCUGUAUGCCUCUCUGUGCAGUGAGGGACUCCAGCAGAGAUAGGACCAUAGCAGUCUUAAUGAACCACUGAGGUCCUACACAGUAUUACAAAGUCUCUGUAAAGUUGGUCACCUCUUUUUGUCUUUUUCUCAAGAAGUCCUCCUUCCUGCUCAGCCAUUCACUGGGGAGCAGUUUGCAAGCAUGAAGGAUAUUUAAAUGAGUGGUUAAUUAUAAAUCUACUCUAUAGACACAUAAUCAUACAAACUAUUCAUGAAAUUUUUCAGUGCUGACAUUCCGCAUUAAAAUUGCAUUUUGUUCAUGCAUUGGUUAGAAGGCCCUACAUUUUUUUCCUUUUGCUCUUUCCUUAUUAAAAUAGAAAGUUGCAGAUAAGAUAUAAUUAUGUGCAUUCCUCUUCCUGGAAUUAAAACAUUUCUAAGCUUACCUAGUAAGGUUCUACUAAAUCCAGCUGCCGAAAAUAAAAGGACAUUUACUUAGUGGGGGCUAUCUUUCCCACCAAUGGCUCUUUCCCUAAAACUGCAUCAUGUCAGUUUGGUAAACCACUCAUGAUUCUGAUGUUCUCUUCUUGAUGAAUUUUAAUAUCUUAUACUUUUUAAUUGAGCUUUUCAUUUUCUAUAUUUUAAUUACAUUCUUUCCCUCUUAAUAAUCAUUUACUUGUUAGUUCUCAGUAGGGAUUCAGUUGGGUGAUAACUUAAAUACCUAUAAAAUAUAUAGUGGACUAGUGAAAUUAACAGCUUUUCUUUUUUCAAUUUUAUUGGAGUAUAGUUGACUUACAGUGUGUGUAAUGGCAUUUUUAAUACUCUCUUGUUCAUUAGUUCCACUUGUUUUAAGCCCAUGCUUUUGCCAGUUAAUAUGAAAAUACAGUGAAAUAUUUUUAAAAGUUAGAUGACUGUUGAAAUGUAUUACUGCAUGUAUAUAUCAAUUAGUCAGCAAUAUAAAUAAAAUUGUCACUAUUAGAGCUAAAGGGGGCUUUUGAAAACAUGAAAAAACAAAGUUUAUGAAAAUGUAUAUAAGAUGUAAUUGUUUCAAAUAGUAAUAUCUCCUUUUCAGUACAACAAUGAAAUAAUUUUGAAGUUUGAGAAUAAAUAUAUUCAUUAUAAUUCUAAAUGUUUAAAAAAGCUCUUCUGAAAGUGCAAAAAAAAUUGACUUUUAAUUGCUUUACUUAAAUAACUUUUAAUUGCUUUAUUUUACUAUUUCCUACCUGAUUAUUUUUCUUUUCUUUUAAUUUAAUUUUAUUGGAUGAUUAUUUUUCUUAAUCAUUAUUUUUCAUAAUCAUUCUUUAAAAAUCAUUACUUUGGCCUUAGAAGUAGGACUGAAUUCUGCUCUUGCUAGAUGUUAAAAAGCAGUGGGAACAUCAAAAGUAAUGGGAUUUUUUUUUCCCCCUCAACUGAAUUUUGAGAAGUUCCCCUGAGAAAAUAAUAAGAAUAUAGAAAAUAAACCUAGUCUUGAUCCUAUGCAAAAAAAAAAAUUUAAUUUUUUUCCUAAAAGGAAGUUAAUCAUUGACUAAAUCUUGCUACCUAGGUUUCAUAUGUAGAUUUCAUAUCUUCUCCAUUAAGAAUAUUUAAAAUCAUGUUUAAAUAAGAAUAUAUUCAUUCUAGCAUAUAUUUUUCAAAACAUGGAAAUUAGCCUAGAUUGCCUACAUGUAGAGAUUUUUAUUUAAAUUUUAAAAUAUUUUAAAAGUAUAAACAAAUUAUAUUUAUAGGUAUUUAUCAGAGAUGAUUAUUUUGUGGUACAUACUGGAUUGGUUAAUGAACUUCAGUGUUAAACUACCUGAUUGAUUGCUUAUAAAUUAGCAUAAGCUUGAGUUGAUUAAGGAAUUUUACUUUGAAAAUUAAUUUGGUAAUAGUAACUUAAUAUAUAUUCAUGCUUACAGUCAAAUUAUGAAAAUUAUUUGUGUAAAAGGGCUUCAAGAAUAUGUCAUAUCCAAUUUUUGUAUUGUUUAUCCCAUGUUAUAUGAUAAAAUACUCUUUUUAAUUGCCUUUUGCCAUUAAACCAUUUAUUUCAUAAUAAGGUCUGUAUAGAGUUUCCUUCCCCCUAAAAGGUUUUAUUUGUGAAAUUUAAGGUUUCUUAUGUGAUCUUUUAAAUAAAGUACCAUAAGUGCAGUCCAUAAAUAUUUCUUUAAGAAUACUAUGGACACUGAACCUGUGUCAGUCUAUAAAAUGUUGAAAUUACUCUGUAAAUCCAUGACUUAAAGCAGUGCAACACGCAGUAUAAUAACUCGAGUCUAGUGUGAAGGUUUUUUUUGUUUUUGUUUUUUUUGCUUUUUAGGGUCACACCUGCUGCAUAUGGAGGUUCCCAGGCUAGGGGUCUUUUCGGAGCUACAGCUGCUGGCCUACACCACAGCUCACAGCAACGCCAGAUCCUUAACCCACUGAUCGAGGCCAGGGAUUGAACCCGCAUCCUCAUGGAUACCAGUCAGGUUUGUUACUGCUGAGCCACAACAGGAACUCCUAGCGUGAAGAUUUAUAUUUGUGAUGUGUUGUCAUAAAAAUGAGAUGUUCCACUCUUACUUGUUCAGAAGUCAGUAAAGAAAAUUCUGGUACAUAUGCAGUUUAUGUAAUUGCUCUAAAUGAAACUAAUAAUUUUAGGGAAAACAGUUUGUUCAUAGCUUGAACAGUGAUUUUUAUAGGAAUGAAAAGUUCUUCAACUUUUUUAAUGCAAGAAAACUAUAAAGUGCUAAUGCUCAGAGAUUCUGUUGAUAUGAUACCAAAAAAUUUAGUUCAGCCUAACAUGUACACUCAGUAGUCCCUCCUUUCCAUGGUUUCACCUUCUGUGAUUUCACUUACAGUCAACUAUGGUCUGAAAAUAUUAAGUGGAAAAUUCCAGAAAUAAACGAUUCAUAACUUUUAAAUUGCGUGCCAUCCUGGGUAGCAUGGUGAAAUCUUGGGCUUUCCUGCUCCCUCUCCCCUGGGAUGUGAAUCAUCCCUCUGUUCAGUGUAUCUUUCCCAUUAGUCAUGUAGUUAUCAGAUUGACUGUUGUAGCGGAAUGCUCAUGCUCUCAUAACCCUUAUUUUACCUAAUAAUGGCCCCAAAGCCCAAGACUAGUGACACUAGCAAUAUGGAUAUGCCAAAAAGAAAUUGUAAAGUGCUCCCUCUAAAUGAAGAAGUUUUCAACAUUUAAUAAGGGAACUUAAAAAAAAAAAAAAAUCACGUGGAGGUUGCUAAGAUCUGUGGGAAGAACAAAUCUGUCCAUGAAACUGAAGAAGGAAAAAGAAAUUCAUGCUAGUUUUGCAUUGCACUUCAAGUUAUGGCCACAGUGUGUGACAAGUGCUUAGAAAGAUGGAAUAGGCAUUAAAUCUACAUUUGUAUAUCUUAUUAUAAUAUUUCUGUAUAUCUUAUUAUAAUCUGUACAUCUCAUUAUAUUUUAAGAGAGACCACAUUUACUUAACUUUUAUUAUGGUAUAUUAUAAUUGUUCUGUUAUUAUUAGUUAUUGUUAAUCUCUUACUGUGCCUAAUUUAUAAAUUAAAUUUUAUUCACAGGUAUUUAUAUAGGAAAAACAUGGUUUGGUACCAUCUGUGGUUUCAGGCAUCCACUGGGGGUCUUGAAACAUAUCCCCUGCAGAUAAGGGAGAACUACUCUACUGAGAUCUUUUUAACUUUCCACAUCAUUGGAUUAAUAUGCCGUCAUCCAAAAUUAGGGCAGACUAUGUGGAUCUUCCAGGGAGAUCACCAAAGCAGGUGCUUUUUUUAUGGUUUCCAAACUGCUAACUCCAAGGAAGUGUUCUCUUAAGACUUUCUUUAAAGGUCUUUUAGAGCUUUGCAGGUAUCCAGCCUGAACAGGGACUAGAAGUUUUCUCCCAAUGUCUAGUUACCCUACUUUAAAAGCUGCUGCCCAUCACAUUCCUCACCUGCCCUUAUAGUUAGUCCCCUGUGACUGAGUGUUGGCCAGUGAGAUGUAGGAGUACACAUGAAUGACUUCUAGGAAAUCUCUUCAAAGAAAAGUAGAAUGUGUUCCUUUAUCUUAUUCCUCCAUCUUGCUGCCAGAAUUGUGAUAAAACAGGAGCCCUUGCAAAUAUCCAAGAGACUAAGGUCAAACCCUAAGGAAGGCAUAUUAGAAACUAAAAAGGUCUUGACUGCUUCACUGCUUCAACUGCCUUUUCUUGUAUUUAAGCCAUUAUAAAUUUGAGGUUCUUUAUAUGAAGUCAGAACUAAUCCAUUCUGGUCUUUAGUUCUUUGCCAUGAUACUGUUUAACACUGUUUGAAUAAACUAGAUUGCAAUAAUUCUUAGCUUUAAAAGUUUUGAAAGGAUAAUGUGCAAUUCACAUUAGAACUGAUUUUUCAUUAUUAAUACAACUAUACUCAUUUUCUUGUCUUGAUCUUUCAUUAGGUAUUUUAUACCUGCUUGGAAAAUAUUGUCUUCUUUAUAAUUGUGUAAUAGAUAUUUGUUUUUAACCCUGUAAUCUCCAAAAUAUUACAAUCAAAUUACAUGCUGUGUUUUUAUAUCAUUCUCAUAGAUCUGCCUUAUAAACAUCUAAAUAAAAUUUUAAAGUACAAUUU